AUGGUCAACUUCAAGCUCCCCACCCUCCUCCUCAUCGCCAGCUCGGCUCUGAGCUAUGCGAAAAUCAGCUGGUACUCAGUGAUUGCCUACACCGACGCGAUCUGUGAAGCCGAAACCUUCACCAGCGCCACUGGCAGUUUCGAUGUGUGUGUCGACAUGGGCAAGUCAAAGCUGCGGUCCAUUGCGUUCGAGCCCGAGGCAAGCGCCAUCAAGUGUCCUACCGACUCUUCCGUCGUCCUCAGUGUGUAUUCCAAGCAGGAGUGUACAGGCGAUGUCAUCAGUUAUUACAAUCUGGAAGGCUGCCUCCCUCUGAGUAAAAACCAGACCAUGCUCGAAGUGGGAUCAUGGCACGCGCGGUGUGUUCCGAGCAAGACAGCUUGA